AUGAAGACAUCUGUGUCGCCAAGCAAAAGUGUUCGUUAUGAACUACCACAACAAGGUCUUCAACGAAACCGAUUUUUCACAGAUAUCCCCUGUUGUUUCAUCUUUCUCGUAUUCAUAAUCUUAUUUGUUAUUCUAAGUAUAUUUGCUUUUAAAGAAGGUGAUCCAAAACAACUUAUUCAUCCAACAGAUAAUCAAGGAAAUCUUUGCGGUUCAGGCAAAUUUCUUGAUCGACCAUAUUUAUAUUUUUUUGAUUGGACAAAAUGUAUCAAAGCACUAAAUAUUCCAGCUAAUAUGUUAAAAAGUCGUCCAUUUGUUUGUCCAACAACACAAGUUUGUGUUCAACAAUGUCCAAAUAAGACAUCUUACUAUAAAUUUGGAAACUAUUAUGCAAAUAGAAUAUGUAAAUACGAUGUGAAUGCAACUGAAACGAAUAAUGAAAAUUUAGUCGAUUCUGGAAAGUGUGCACCCUAUAUUAUAGCUAGUAAACCACUUUUUGGUCGAUGUGUUCCAGAAGAAUUGCAAAGUCUAACUAACAGUAUAAUUGAAACCGCAGAUGAUAAUGGUGAAAACAAGAUUGUAUAUGAUUCGAAUGGACAACCAUUAAACGGUACAAGUCUUGCACAGGGUGUGAAAUAUUUGAUUGACAUACUGAAUUUAAAACAAAUAGGAGCAUUUCUUGUCGAAGAUUUAACAGUAUCAUGGAAAUAUAUUUUAAUUGCUUUAACUUUGGCUUCGAUUGUAUCUUUUCUAUGGAUUGUAUUAAUGCGUUGGCUUGCAAAACCAAUUGUUUGGCUUGGCAUUAUUCUAUUUAUUUUUGCAUUAGGUAUUGCAACUGGCUUAGCAUUUUAUGAGUUCGAUCAACUUCGUAAAAAGAAUGAUAAUCAAAUAGUGACUGAAUUUAAAUUUGUUACUGAUGCUAAUUAUUAUCGAAGUCUACCAAUAACAUGGCUAAUUAUUGGUAUUAUAUUGGGUGUUCUUCUUCUUAUAUCAAUUUUAGUUCUUUUGGCAUUGCUUAAACGCUUACGAAUAGCUUUAGCUAUUCUUAAAGAAGCAUCUAAAGCUGUGGGCUAUAAUAUGUUCAGUCUUUUUUGGCCGUUUAUACCAUUUUUAUUACAAAUAGCAGUAUUUGUUUAUUGGGCUAUUGUUGCUGUUUAUUUGUCAACAUCGGGAAAACCUAUUUACCGUAUAGCCUAUAAUGAAACAGUAGCUAAUACAACUAAUAUAUUAUUGGGUGACAUAUGUGAUCCAAAUAAAUUGAAUAAUAUUAGUAGUUCGAAUAGCACAUGUGUUUUCUGGCAAUAUGGUUAUGAUCCACAACUAGAUUUAGAUAGUAUUCUCGAUGGAACUGGUACUCAUUUUAAAUCAUUUAUUAGCUUUGUUAAUCAACAUCAAUGGAUUCCGCAAGUCUUUUCUGCUUUUAUGUUAUUUUGGUUAACAGCUUUUGUUAUUGGAUUUAGUGAAUUAGUUCUCGCUGGUGUUUAUGCACGUUAUUAUUGGGAUCGAGAACGAUCUGGUGUUCCAUGUUCAUCUUUACUCGCAUCACUUUUACGUGCACUUGUGUUUCAUCUUGGCACAAUAGCAUUUGGUUCUUUACUUAUAGCAAUCGUUAAACUUAUUCGUGGUUUACUUGAAUAUUUGGAAGAAAAAGUGAAAGAUAAAACUGGAUCAAUUGCUCGAUGUGUAUUUUGUUGUUGUCGUUGUUGUUUGUUUUGUUUGGAGAAAUUUUUAAAAUUUCUUAACCGCAAUGCAUACAUUAUUACAGCUAUUUAUGGGACAGGAUUUUUUACAUCGGCACGAAGAGCGUUCCAUCUAAUUAUUUCCAAUCCUCUUCGUUUACUUGUUAUUGAUAAAGUAUGCGACUUUUUAAUAUUUCUUGGUAAAUUAUGUGUUACAGGUGCCAUUGGUAUUCUGGCUUUUUUCUUUUUUACACAUCGUAUCGCACACGCAGAAAAAUAUGUACCAGAAUUAAGAUAUUAUUUUGUGCCAUUAUUUUUAAUUAUUGUUGGUACAUACAUCAUUGCCACAUGUUUCUUCUCAGUUUAUUCAAUGGCAGUUGAUACAUUAUUUAUAUGUGCAAUACAAGAUAUACAGUUACACGAAAGUGAUAAUGGUCAUGAAUUAGUAAUGCCAAAAGGAUUGAAGAAAGUAUUUCAAAUGAAGAAAAACUGA